AUGAUUACUUUAGUGAUUAGUCUAUUCGCGGCGGCGUCCUUUUCAUGUUUAACUGAUUACGACUGUGGUUAUGUUGGGCAGUGCGACUGGUUUGGAUGCAAGUGUCCUGAGGGUGUCAGCGGAAUUUCGUGUGAGAUUAACCCUUGUGGCAUUCACAGAGACCCCAGAGAGCAGCAGCCAAUAUUUCAUGAAAGCCCUUACAAGACAGUUGCAUGUAGCCUUGCUGGCACGUGCGUAGAGGACAAUGGCACGUAUAAAUGCGUCUGUGAGGAGGGCUUUAGUGGGGAUACAUGCGAGAUGAAGAUGUGUACGUCUCCUGCUGACUGCAAUGGGCAAAAAUGUGACUCAGAGACGGGCGUUUGUGUCUGUGAACCUGGCUUCAAUAAGGGCGAUUGCAGCAUUUCUACAUGUAAUCCUGUCUAUGAUGUCAUUGCCAAGGAGUAUCAAUACUGCAGUGGUAGUGGCACUUGCACGAAAGCCCCCGAGGUCUCAGGGAAACUUCCUCCCGUUAGAUACUACUGUGAUUGCAAUGCUGGCUUCUAUGGCCACUCAUGCGAAAGUUAUGAUUGCACCAAUGGCCUAUUUGUGUGCACCAACGAUAAGCAUACAUGCGAUCGUCAGACUAAGCAAUGCAAGUGCAAGCCCCAUCACUAUGGACCAGACUGUGGCAAGAACCCCUGUGGCAUUAUCUACCACAGUAUUGGGGACAGUAUUGUUAAGCAAUGCAAUGAUCGUGGCACGUGUCGUGAUGAUGGUCCUGAUAAUGCAACCUGUGACUGCGACGAAGGGUGGGUCGGCUCUGACUGCAGCCUAGAGGACUGCGUUAUUAAUCCAUCUGUAUGCUUUGCCCCACUGAUCUGUGACCAGGCUCUACACAUGUGCAUAUGUCCGAACAAUCUGAUUGGGGAAAACUGCGAUUCCUGCAGGAUUGGGGAGUACUUUACAAAGACUAUCAACAGCUGCACCCCAUACGGAUGCAUCUCUGAUAUUUCCGCUGGUAUUGUUUGCUCAGGCCACGGAUCCUGUAAUGCAGACACCAAGUCCUGUAGCUGUUCACCCGAUACUGCGCUCAUAGGGACACAGCACUGCAUUCCGACAAAUUGCCUCACCCAGCUGCCAGAUGAUCAGAAAGAUUACUCCAUGAAGAACAUAUGUUCGGGUCGUGGAGCCUGCAAGCUUGUCGAAGGCUCUUAUGCCUGUAAGUGUUUAACUAACUACACAGGAAAUCUGUGUCAGGACAACCCCUGCCAGAUAGUGGAAUUCACAUCUUCUGAUGCUCCUGUCCAAAAGACCUAUAUAGAGUGCAAUGGCGGUGGGUCGUGUAGCGACUUGACAUGUCGCUGCAGACCGGGAUACAGUGGUCCAGCAUGCGAACUGUUCAGCUGCAAUGGUAUGGAUUCUCUCUGUAACGGUGGGACAUGCGUACAAGACUCCUUUGGAAGCUGGGCGUGCAACUGCCCUGCGGGGUCAGACUUGACUGAUUGCUCUCGCAAGGGUUGCGGAUCCGACACCCCGCAGUGCUCUGGCAAUGGGGCAUGUGCACUGAAGGAGUUUGUUUCUACAACUAGCGCCGGUACAGUGGUUAAAAAGGUCUCUCUGCACCGUUGUGUGUGCUCUCUGCACUACAAGGGUCUCCUUUGCCAGCGCUAUGACUGCGAAGGUGACAAUGCCAACUGCAAUGGGGGAACGUGUUCUGAAAGCGGAGAGUGCACUGAGUGCUUGGAGCACUUUUAUGGACAUGACUGUAAGAUAAACCCAUGCGAGAUUGACCCUCUACAAGGGACCGAGUGUUCUGGUAACGGAGCCUGUCGGAUAGUUGCUGACCCCAAUACAGGAGAAACUACCUCAGCUUGCAAGUGUGAGCAAGGUUGGUUUGGAGCCAUAUGCGAUAAGCAGUCGUGCCCCACCAUUCCUUGCAAACACGGAGGGGAGUGUGUGGUUUCGUCUGGUGGAAACUACUGCAAGUGCCAAGAAGGUUUUUCUGGAGCGUGGUGCCAAGACUGUGUCUUCCCAUUCACGAUUGUCUUUGUCAAUGGGGUUGCACAAUGUGUUCCAGGAUCGUGUGUGGGCGAGGAAGGAUACUGUAGUGGUCACGGAUCUUGCUCUUCCGAGAACAUCUGUUCGUGCGACUAUGGAUAUACCGCAUUGGGGACGGACCGAUGUGUCCCAGACUCCUGCAUCUACCAGCGGGACGGUGUCAUGAGUGUUUGUGGCUUACAAGGCAGCUGUGCUGUUACUGAAAACGGGGCAGAGUGCCUCUGUUCGGGAGACAGCUCUCGCAAGGAUGACACUUCGGGAUUUUGCAUGCCGCUAGGCUGCUUCUCUUCAUCUACCUCAAGGACCGUUUGCAGCGGGCAUGGAUCUUGCAGCAUACUUUUUGAUAGCGGAGAGGGCAUCUGCAUAUGUAAUAGUGGAUUUACAAAUGAUUCAGGCACUUGUACGCUAAAUGCAAAAGCCUCUGCUGGGAUAGGCGUUGGCGUUGCCAUGCUCGUAGCCGUCGUUGUGUUCAUUAUUCUGUGGUUCACCGUUAUCAAGAAGAAAUUAGAGGAGCGUAAACGUCGCCGAUUCGAUGGAGAUAGUGUAAGACUUUUAGCAAGCGACAUGGGAGACGUGUCCCAAAUUUAG